AUGGCUAGACCUGGGAUUAACUAUCGCUCUGGAGCAGAGGAACAUGGGGACAGAGCCUGUUCCGGGCUCAGAGGAGCUCAGCUCUUGGGUACCACGAGGACAGAGUGUGGGGACGUUCGCUCUGGUUUAUUAACCUCCUCCCUCUCUCUCCCUUGUCUCUUAGUUCUAGUGACGGGAGGGAUUGUGGCGGUAGCUGCUCAGUUCAAAGGGUGGCAGUUUGCUGCCUAUGCCAUAGUGGCUGGGGUCUUCAUCUGCUUGCUGGAGUACCCCCGGGGGAAGCGGAAAAAGGGUUCCACCAUGGAGAGAUGUGGCCAGAAGUACUUGACAGCCGUGGUGAAGGUGUUUGGGCCGAUCACUAGGAAUUACUACGUCCGGGCCAUCCUGCAUGCUGCUCUUGCAGUGCCUGCGGGUUUCCUGUUAUCCACCAUUCUGGGCACGGCGUGUUUGGGCAUCGCAAGUGGCAUCUAUUUGUUGGCUGCAAUCCGCGGCGAGGAGUGGAACCCCAUCGAGCAGAAGCCCCAGGAGCGGCCACAGGUGGGAGGAGGCACCAUCAAGCAGCCCCCCACCAUGCCCCCGCCGCGGCCGCCAGCAGAAACGCGCAAGAAGCAGCCGGCGGAGGAGGCCGGCCAGGAAAAUCCCGUCCCGGUCACCAUUGAGGCCGAGUAA